UACGUCAGUCUGCGGCUGUGGAUCAGCUGACGACUCUGAGGCUUGUAGAGGACAAAAGUGCUACAAGCUGCAGCACAGAAUAACGAGCUGUUUUAUUAUUUAUUUACGGUCUUUUCACCAGGACAAUGUUUCACUAAAAGUCUUAAAAGUUUGCCAGAGAACAUGUCAGGAAACAGUCUGGUGUUACCCAUAGUGCUGUGGGGCCGCACCGCUCCCACACACUGCAUCUCCAGCCUGCUGGUGAUGGACGACCUGGCCACCAUCGUUAGCGGCUGCCACGACGGUCAGAUCUGCAUCUGGGACUUGACCCCUGACCUUGAGAUUAACCCACGCGCUCUGCUGUUUGGACACAGCACCUCCGUCACCUGUCUGUCCAAGGCCAGUGCCAGCAGCGACAAACAGUACAUGGUCAGCGCAUCAGAGAGCGGGGAGAUGUGUCUGUGGGAUGUGAGUGAUGGGCGCUGUAUUGAGUUCACUAAGCUGGCCUGUGCUCACACAGGCAUACAGUUUUACCAGUUCACCAUUGGGACCCAGCGUGAGGGUCGUCUCCUGUGUCACGGUCACUACCCAGAGAUCCUCGUGGUGGACGCCACCAGCCUGGAGGUCCUUUACUCCCUGGUGUCCAAAAUAUCUCCUGACUGGAUCAGCUCCAUGAGCAUCAUCCGGUCCCAUCGCACCCAGGAAGACACAGUGGUCGCAGUCUCUGUGACCGGGAUUCUGAAGGUGUGGAUCAUCACGGCAGACGUGAGCCGAAUGCAGGACCUGGACCCUGUAUUUGAAGAGGAGUCCAAGCCAAUCUACUGCCAGAAUUGUCAGAGUAUUUCAUUCUGCACCUUCACACAGCUGUCUCUGCUCGUCGUCUGCUCUAAAUACUGGAGGGUGUUCGACGCCGGAGACUUCUCGCUCCUGUGCUCCGUGCCCAGCGAGAACGAGCAGUCGUGGACAGGAGGAGAGUUCAUCGCUGCUGAUAAAGUUAUAAUCUGGACAGAGGACGGCUGCAGCUACAUCUACAAGCUUCCAGCCAGCUGUCUUCCAGCUAGUGAACACUUCCGCAGUGAUGUGGGGAAAACAACAGAAGGUUCCAUUCCUCCUCUGGUGUACAGCAUUGCAGAUCGAGCAGACAAACAGCUGGAGGAGGAGUGUGAGGGCCAGUGUGUUAUUGUGUGUAUCCCCGACAGCGUAUCCGGUCCGGAGCUCUACACUCCUGAGCUGCUGUACCUCCAGCGGCCUCUAGAGGCACCAUUACUGAUCUGUCCUCCUGUGACGCGGUUCUUUUACGGACGCAGAGAGCCGUUCCACAAACUGCUGGUUCAGGGCGACUCAGCAGGCAGGUUGACCCUGUGGAGCAUCCCGGACACUUCACCGCUGCAGCCACUGUCUUCAGCCGCAGAGCUGCAGGUUUCCUCCACUAUUAGCCUUCAGGAGGCGUUCGAUAAGCUCACUCCGCUCCCCGCGGGCAUCAUCGACCAGCUGAGCAUGCUGCCAGGCUCCGAGGAACCUAUAAAGGUGACGGCGAGCGUGUACAUCCCGUCACAGGGCCGCCUGGUGUGUGGCAGGGAAGACGGCAGCAUCGUCCUGGUGCCCGCCACACAGACCGCCAUCGUCCAGCUGCUACAGGGAGAACACAUGCUGCGCAGAGGCUGGCCUCCUCACCGCACCCUGAGAGGACACAGGAAUAAGGUGACGUGUCUGCUGUACCCUCACCAGGUGUCCCCACGUUACGACCAGCGCUCUCUGGUCUCGGGCGGUGUGGAUUUCUCCGUCAUCGUGUGGGACAUUUUCACCGGAGAGAUGAAACACAUCUUCUGCGUACACGGAGGAGAGAUCACCCAGCUCCUCGUCCCACCCGAGAACUGCAGCACCCGGGUUCAGCACUGCGUGUGCUCCGUAGCGAGCGAUCACUCGGUGGGAUUGUUGAGUCUCCGGGAGAGAAAGUGCAUCAUGCUGGCGUCGCGCCACCUCUUCCCCAUCCAGGUUAUAAAAUGGCGCCCGUGUGACGAUUACCUGGUGGUCGGCUGCUCCGACGGCUCCGUAUACGUCUGGCAGAUGGACACAGGUGCAUUGGACCGGUGUGUGAUGGGUAUAACAGCAGUAGAGAUAUUAAACGCGUGUGACGAGGCUGUGCCUGCAUCUGUAGAUGGUUUGAAUCAUUCGGCGGUGAAUCUGAAGCAGGCCAUGACACGCCGCAGCCUGGCAGCCCUCAAGAACAUGGCACAACACAAACUCCACACACUCGCCACCAACCUGCUCGCUGCAGACAACGCAGACAAGGGCAACUUGCCUAAAUAUUCCCACAAUGCACUGGUGGUGCAGGCCAUGAAGACCAACACGACCGACCCGGACAUGCACGUCCUGUUCUUCGACGUCGAAGCCGUGAUCAUCCAGCUGCUGACCGAGGAAGCGCAGCGUCCCAAUCCCAUGCUCGUGUCCCCAGAAACACUGCAGAAAACCCCAGGGGGCGCCGACAAGGGCGGAUCGUUCCUGGCCAAUAAGAUCUUCAAGCAGGUGAAAGAGACCAUCAAAGAGAACAUCAAGGAGCACCUGCUGGACGAGGACGAGGACGAGGAGGAGGAAGCUCGCCGGCGUGAGGAGAAGUCCAAAUCCCUCAGCCUGCUGGAGUACAACCUGACCAUGGACACGGCCAAGCUCUUCAUGUCCUGCCUUCACGCGUGGGGUCUGAACAGCAUGCUGGACGAGGUGUGCGUGAGCCGACUGGGCAUGCUCAGACCGCACACGCCCAUCUCCUUCGGCCUGAUCUCGCGUGGAGGCCACAUGUCCCUCAUGCUGCCCACCUUCAAGGACUCCUUACUGAGGCAGCUGGUGAGGGCCGUCGGCCCCGAGGGCAGGAAGCUCUCCGUUUCCGAGGUGGUGGGCAAGGGCACGUACGGCGUGUCGCGUGCCGUCACGACUCAGCACCUGCUGUCUGUCAUCUCGCUGGCUAACACGCUCAUGAGCAUGACCAACGCCACGUUCGUAGGAGAGCACAUGAAGAAAGCGCCGGCCAGGCCUCCAAGACCCGGUGCCCCAGAGAGCCCCAAAAAGACGCCCCCCCAGGUCUCCACCCCGGCAAUGCAGUCCCAGAUCAAACAAGGUUGGAGUCAGCUGGCUGCAAUGCAUUGUGUGAUGCUGCCCGACCUGCUGGGGCUCGAUAAGUUUAGACCUCCACUACUGGAGAUGCUCGCACGCAGGUGGCAGGAUCGCUGCUUGGAGGUAAGGGAAGCGGCCCAGGCUCUCCUGUUAGCAGAGCUGCGCAGGAUCGGUCAAUCCGGCAGGAAGGACACUAUCGACCUGUGGGCUCCGUACCUGCCUCAGUAUGUGGAUGCUGUCAGCUCACCCGGAGUCGCUCCAGAGACAGCUCAGCCGACUCCUCCCCCAUCUGAGGCCCCGCCCACUGAACCCAAAGCACCAGAGGAAGAAAUGGACGUCACUGAUGAUGACAUCACUGCAGGAUGUCUGAGUAACCUUCCUCCCAGCCACAAGAAGAUCUCUAACUCGUAUGAGGAGAGGAGGAAGCAGGCGACGGCCAUCGUGCUGCUCGGCGUGAUCGGGGCCGAGUUCGGAGCAGAGAUCGAGCCGCCCAGGCUGCCGUCACGCUCCAGAACCAGCGGCCAGGCGCCUGACGGCUUCGGACUCACCACCGGAGGAUCCAACUAUUCACUGGCACGCCAUACCUGUAAGGCGUUGACGUUCCUCCUCCUCCAGCCCCCGAGCCCCAAACUCCCCGCCCACAGCACCAUCCGGCGCACAGCCAUCGAUCUGAUUGGCCGAGGCUUCACCGUGUGGGAGCCGUACAUGGACGUGUCGGCCGUGCUCAUGGGCCUGCUGGAGCUGUGUGCUGAUGCUGAGAAACAGCUGGCCAACAUUACAAUGGGUCUUCCCCUGAACCCGGCGGCCGACUCUGCCCGCUCCGCUCGACACGCUCUCUCUCUGAUCGCCACGGCUCGACCACCUGCCUUCAUCACCACCAUCGCCAAAGAGGUGCACAGACACACAGCGAUGCAGUCUCAGGGCUCACAGUCUCAGCAGAACGUUCACACCACCACUUUGGCUCGGGCAAAAACUGAGAUCUUGCGCGUCAUUGAGAUCCUCAUUGAGAAAAUGCCUUCAGAUGUCGUGGACCUGCUGGUGGAGGUGAUGGACAUUAUUAUGUACUGCAUCGAGGGCUCUCUGGUCAAGAAGAAAGGUCUCUCUGAGUGUUUCCCUGCAAUUUGCAAGUUCUACAUGGUGGCGUAUUGUGAUCGGAGUUACCGUGUGGCCGUUGGAGCUCGUCAGGGUUCUGUCGCUCUUUAUGAUGUUCGCACGGGCAAGUGCCAGCACAUCCACGGUCAUAAAGGCCCCAUCACGGCCGUGUCCUUCGCUCCGGACGGACGCUACCUGGCCACAUACUCCAAUGCUGACAGCCACAUCUGCUUCUGGCAGAUGAACACAUCACUUUUGGGCAGUAUAGGAAUGCUAAACUCCGCCCCUCAGCUGCGCUGCAUCAAGACCUAUCAGGUCCCCCCGGUGCAGCCGGCGUCUCCCGGCUCUCAGAACUCCCUCAAACUGGCUCGUCUCAUCUGGACCUCCAACCGCAACGUCAUCCUGAUGGCCCAUGAUGGCAAGGAGCACCGCUUCAUGGUGUGAGGAAGAUCACAUCGACCCCGAGCUCAGGCUCUUGUCUAGAACUUCAGGACCGCGAACCUCCGAGCAGAACCGAACCCAGGCCACGUCCGGGAGCAGACGUUUUUAUUCGACACUUUUAGUGUGUUUACAUCUCCGUUUUUUUUUUGUUUUUGUUUUUUUCCACAUUCCGCUUUUUAUUUAAACCACUUUUAAAUGUACUCGUGUGUCUGGUAGUUGAUUGAGGACGAAGGAUUUUGGACAGUCGUCGUUGUCGUCUCGAGUUAUGACGGGGUCAAAGGUCAACCGGGGACCUUUUUAUGAUAUGAAGAGAUGGAUCGAUGUUUUCCUUUCAUUUGCACAUAACAAACAGAACCAAAUGUGUUUCUGGCACAUAACCUGAUCUCCCUGGGGCCCCUGCGCUCCUCCUUUUGCCGUACCCUAGUAACCCUGUGAUCGGUGUGUGAUCUCCGAAACUAUUCCUGCAUGACGUACUGAAACUUUAUUCACAUUUCAUCCAGACCUGAAUGGACCAGAGUCACUUCCUGCAUAGGUGUCGCUUAAAAGAAUAUCAGGCUACUUCCUGUUUCGGUGUAGUCAACGUUCCGGUCACUUCCUGUCACUUACAGUUUGUCAGUAGCUUCAUUUUUGCCAUAUUUCUGCUGAAUCAUUCGUGACGACAGGAACUUGUUUUGUGGAGCAACGUUUAUUAAUAAAUGCGAAACUUAAAUGGGACACGCUGCUGUAGGGAAAACAUCUUUUCUGGUAAAUCUACUUCCUGUCUUGAACUAGAAUUAUUAAUGUCGCCACUUCCUGUUUCAGAAGCUGGCAGAUCUAUGGCUGAUUUCCUCCUUCGGUGUAAUUGCUAGAUCUCGCCACUUCCCGUUUCGGCAUAGUAGAUUCGAUCGUUUCCUUCGUUCCCCUAGUCAACAAGUCAGACCACUUCCUGUUUCGAAUAUAGUCAGCAAUCCCAACCCCCCCCUUUUCAAAUAAACCCCGCCCACUCUUCACGUCGUGUAGGCGUGGCCUCGUGUCCUGGUCUGACGUAUCACUAAAAGUCUGUAGUUGAUGAUCAUAAUCCCAUCACAGAUUGUUGAUUCGUACAUAUCGCAUCACCGGGAAGACGCCUGAACGUAGCUGCUUGUGUUUGUUUUUUUUUUCGUAAAAGAAACGUGUUUUAUUAUUUUUGGUUUCGUGUCGUCCGGCAGUCGUGUUUGUGUUACCGUGGAAUAUUCGCUAGUGUGUUGUUGAGACGCUGUGUCGCUAUUUAUCAAAGUAGCCUUUCUUAUCUGGGCUUUGGAGUUAGCAUGUGUUGCUAAUGUUGACAAGCCUACUACCACACACACACACACACACACACAGACACACACACACACAUAUACCAUGUGCUGUAGAUACUGGCUCAGAAUAAAUGAAGGUACAAAACUAUUUUUGACCAAUGUUUGUGUGUGUGUGUGUGUGUGUGUGUGUGUGUGUGUGUGUGUGUGUGUGUGUGUGUGUGUGUGUGUUAAAUAAUAGAGGUAGUAGUUUCUCUCAUGACCACUGAUGUCUGGCAGAGAGACAGAGAUAGAGAGAAGAAUGUACUUCUACACUGAGAGCGUCCUCCAUUUUUCCAGUUCUGCGUUUCGACCCAUGGAUCAUCACAUCAGCGCACGACGACGUCUCCAUUUCUCUGAAAUAAACGAGUAGAAGGAGAGAAAACAGCUGAAGGUCCAGCAGGUCUUCUGUUCUGUUUUUCUUCUCCUUCUCUACAGUGUAGACACCAUAGAUGUACACACACACACACACACACACACACACGACUGAAUCCUCUCAGUAUAUUGACACACGUGUAAGCGAGAGUUAAUAAAGCCCUUAUUACAGUGUAACAGUGUUAUUACAGCCUUACAACUGACUCGUAAACACGAAGCUCAGACAUUCAGACAGAAUUAAUACAAAAUUAAACUAAAAUCCUGUCAGUGGAUUAAACUUCCACAAAAGUGUGUGUUAAUUAUGACUGAAAAAAAAUCCAAGCUCCUGAUCUGGUAUUUACCUUCGUUUUCUUUUCGUAAUUUAACAUCUUCAGUCAAAUGAGUGUUUGUCAUUUUUAUUUAUUAUAUUUUUUUCUACAUUUAUUUAUUUAUUGUCUAUAGAUUUCUUCUGUAUCAUAACGCAGAGCGAUUCUUCGUUUUUAUUUUUCGGCUCAAAUUUUUUUUUUAAAUGUUUUUUUGUAUUUAUCUCAAAAUAAUUCUUCAAGGGUUUUUCUUUUAUUUUUUUCAGUUAAAAUAAUUUGUUUUUGUUUUUUGUUUUUUGUUAAUUGACUUUUUUUUUUUUUUUUCCUCUAAUAGUAUAUAUAAAAAAAAAAAAGCCAAACGUUGCUUUGGAAUAUUGACAGAAAUACAUUUUACGUUUAGAGAAAUGUUGUUGAUUUUGUAAAAAGGUUGAUUCGACUUUUUGAGAAUCUCAGAUACGAAACGAAUGAGAAGAAAUUAAAGAAAGAAAUAAUUCGACUUGUACGACAAAAGGUAUGGAAUUAUGUUUAUAUAUUUACGACAGCGUCAUUACUACAGGAGUUACGGUGUUUAUUACAGUGUUAUAAGGGCUUUGUAGAACUACAGGGUGACUGAACUGGGUGCUGAGAGUUUAUCCACACACACACACACACACACUCUCUUUCUCUUUUGUGACUUUGUCAAUUUCCGCCUCAUCUUUACAAUCACUCGCAGCGCCUGUGUGAGGUGUGUGUGUGUAUGUUUGUGUGCGUGUGCGUGUGUGUGUGAGAGAGAGAGAGAGAGAGAGACUGCUAACAUUUACUGAAUAUAUUGAGCUGUACUGUAAAGCUGUGUUUGAAGACGAUGCUGUUGGUUGUGUACAACUCUGUGUUCAAUAAAAUGAAAGAUAUCUGA